AUGGAGAGUAUGAGGCUAUCACUCGUCUUGAUUGCUAUUAUGUUGAAUGCUACAACUCUAGGUGGUAUGGAACUUCUUUUUCAUGACUACUACAAGGAGAAGUGUCCCUUAGCCGAAGACAUCGUGAGACAUAACGUGGAGGUGGCACUGUUGAAAGAUCCUCGUUUGGCAGCCUCUUUACUUCGCUUACACUUCCACGAUUGUUUUGUCAUGGGGUGUGAUGCAUCGGUGCUUUUGGACAGCGUGGAGGGCAUGAGAAGUGAGAAACUGGCUGGGCCGAAUGUGAACUCUUUACGUGGGUUUGAGGUCAUAGACACGAUUAAGUAUUUGCUGGAAGAGGAAUGUCCCGUCACUGUUUCAUGUGCUGACAUCCUUGCCAUGGCUGCACGUGAUGCAGUUCAAUUGAGAGGAGGACCAAGAUGGGAGGUCUUGCUUGGGAGGAAGGAUUCUCUGGAAUCAAGUUUCACUGCAGCCAACCUUCUCAUCCCUGCUCCAAAUUCCUCUUUAGAGGUUCUCAUAGAUAACUUCAAGCAACAAGGCCUUGACAUAGAAGACUUGGUAACUCUAUCAGGUAGCCAUACCAUAGGAAGAGCAAGGUGUCUAAGCUUCAGGCAGAGGAUAUAUGAAUCAAAAGAGGAAUAUCACUAUGGUUUUGAUCACUACAAGCGGUACAAAAACUUCAGGAGAAUUCUGCGGUCCAUUUGCCCUGCUGAAGGAAGGGACAACAAAUUUGCACCCCUUGAUUUUCAAACCCCCAAAAGAUUUGACAAUCACUACUUUAUAAACAUUCUUGCAGGGAAUGGCUUGUUAGGUUCUGAUAAUGUUCUUAUCAGCCAGGAUUUGGAUGGACAGAUUACAGAGCAUGUAUGGGCUUAUGCCUCAAACGAAGAACUUUUCUUUGCUUCAUUUGCUAAAUCUAUGAUUAAGAUGGGAAACAUCAAUGUACUUACAGGUAAUGAAGGAGAAAUUAGGAGGAAUUGUAGGUUUGUGAAUGCUUAG